ACACUGACGGACGCCGGGUGCUUCUGGGAGGAGGCGAAGGGCUGGGAGCGCCCCGCCUUCUUCACAGGCGCCGCGUCGCCGCUGCUCGGCUACGACUGGCGAGGGGCGUUUGGCUUCCCACUUCGCGAACACUAUCCCUACAGAGACAUUCUGCAGCAGUCGCAUACUUUUGAUCUCCCGGAAUACUAUAAACAGAUAGAACACGAAUACCUCGCCAUGAGAAAUGAUUCAGCCGUCAUCAAUCAGUCAUCAUCGGGGAAGAUGCUACUCUCCGGGGCGGGCGUCGACGAGGCCAUCGACUGGUUGUUUGCUAGUGACGUCGAGCGAGAGCCUGGCUUUGUGACGUCUUCCCUCGUCCUGAACACGGAAGGAGGCGUGGAAGCUGAUGUCGCUGUUUACACUUUGGAUCCAGCUACCAGACUAGAGUGUGACGGCGAGGCUAACUACCUGGUAACAUGCGGCAGCGGGAUGGGGCCAAUCGUCAGCCGUCUUUUGCGGGACUUGUGCUGGAGACAAGGGUUUAGUACUUCCAUCAAGUCCGUCACUCAUGAAACCGGCAUUCUCACCUUGUAUGGACCCAACAGCCUGCAGGUACUGGAAGCGACGGGCAUCGACCCGACAGCCAUCUAUCCAAGCCGCCACCAGCUCGUCAGUCUCGCAGGAAGGCAAGUGCGUGUGUGCGGACGUUCGCCUGCGUGCUGGGAGAUCCAUGCAAAGGUCGAGGAUCUUUUGGCUGUCUACGAAGCGCUUACGGCUCUCAGCGACAGCUGCAGGCCCAUCAACGCGGGCUACUACGCACUUAAUAUCAUCAACUUGGAACAAGGGAGCUGCAGCUGGAACUCUGAUAUCCGGAGGGGCGAUACUCCCCUUGAAGCGGGCGUGUGGAGUCCUACUCAGAAUGAAGGCGAAGGCCAACGCCAGUUCUUGGGCCGGCCUGCUCUCUUGUGCCAGGCGGUCGAGGGCGUGUCCAAGUCCAGGGUCCUACUUGAGGUGCCUGGCCAUCUAUGUACAGGUGUCCGCCACUCUGGGGUGGUGAGGCUAUCGUGAAGGACGGGAGCAUCGUGGGCGGAGUUCGGAGGGCGGACCACAGCUUCGAGUACGGUAGUCUGUUGGCCUCGGGGUACGUGAGCCAUGCGAGGACAAAGGCCCAGACUGCGCGCUUUCUCUUCCAG